GCGUGCGCGCGUGUCCACGUGGCCCUCCCCGCCCCCUGCGGCCAUGAUCGAGGUGUUGGCGUCGCUGCAGCGGGGCGCCGCGUUCCUGGCGGGGGAGGCGCUGGAGUGCGUGGUGACGCUGCGCAACCCGCUCCCGCCCGACGCCACCUCCGCCUCCAGUGAAAUUCUGGCCUGGGCCAGUGCUCAGAUCCACUGCCAGUUGCACACCAGCGAGACCCGGGUUGCUCUGCCACCUUCACAAGAUACCAGCUUUGAUGCCCAGGCGGAAAAUGAGACUGUCUUUGUGCCCAAUAGAGGGGAGCGGGGUCAGUGCAUCCUGUCGACACCCCCAAAGAUCCUCUUCUGUGACUUGAGGCUGGAUCCCGGCGAGUCCAAAAGCUACUCCUACUGCGAGACGCUGCCAGUGGACGGACCGCCCUCCUUCCGUGGCCAGGCAGUAAAGUAUGUCUACAAGCUGACCAUCGGCUGCCAGCGGGUGAACUCGGCCAUCAAGCUGCUCCGGGUCCCCUUCCGUGUGAUGGUGCUGCAGGGGCUCAGAGACUACCCCUUCCCCCAGGAUGAGGCCGUGGCCCCCUCAAACCCGUUCUUGGAGGAGGAAGAGGGCAGCGUGAAAAAGACAUCCCGCCUGGUGGACCUGGCCACAGAGCUCCUGACGGUCGCGACUUCACGGCGGAGUUUGCACUUGUUCAACAUCAGCAGUGCCCAGGGCCGAGUGGCCACCUUCUGCAUCUUCAAGACCAUCUACAAGAUUGGGGAGGACGUGGUGGGGACCUUCAGCUUCUCCAAGGGUGACACGCCGUGUCUGCAGUACCUGGUGAGCCUGCAGACGGAGGAGCGGGUGCAGGACGCCUUCCAGCGCCGCAGGGGGCAGGCUGCGUCCUAUAGCACCCACGCCCGGCACCAGGAGUCCUGCCUGCACACGGCCCGGACCAGCUUCAGCCUGCCCAUCCCCCUCAGCUCGGCCCCAGGAUUCAGCACCAACGUCGUGUCCCUCCAGUGGAGGCUCCACUUUGAGUUUGUCACUCUGCGGGACGUGGCCGAGGCGCCCGUGACGCCCAAGGACCCAUCGGAAGCCGCCAGCUGGACAGGAGUGGAGCAGAUGGACGUGGACACUUUCAGCUGGGACUUGCCCAUCAAGGUGCUGCCCACCAGUCCCCUGCUGGCCACCUCUGUCUCGCAGUUGCCCAGCUGCAGCGCUCUCACCAUCUAGACUGGCUGGCAGGAGAGAAACUGGGUGACCCUGGAAGGCUCCUUCUGACACUACCUGAAGCCUGGGGACUCUUCCUCCUCCGUUGGCAGGCUGUGGCCGGCAAGACCUGGCCCCUGUUCUGGCUGGAGCAUUUUUCCUCCCCAUGGAGACCCAGUGAAGCCCUUGCCCUUCCCUGUACCUUAGGAAACAGCUAUGUUGAAAAGGGGAGGGGCCUCUUUUCUGCUCUUCCACCCCACCCAACAGUCUCUUUUGUGUCUGUCAAUAAAUGGUUCUCCUACCCCCCCCCCCAUGUGCCCAUGGCAGCUUCCCCACCCCAGGAUGCAGGGGAGCAGGCCAGGGGCCCGCGUGCCUGGCUGGAGGAUGAGCCCUGCCCUUUGACCCAGGAGCCCCACUUCUGCAGCAGGAGGAAGGAGCAGGAGCCCAGGAUAGUCCCUGGCUGCCCUGCCACCUACCUGGGACCAGGGAGCAGUGUCGGAGGGCACCCUCUGUGUGCCCAGGAGUGGGGGAGAAGGGUGCAGGCUGGGUGGGGCUUAGGGGGAGAACAGAGCGGGGGGUAGUGGAUGGAAAGUGGCCAUUCUCCACAUUUAUUGUGGCUGCCAGGAGGGAGUUGGUUGAGGAAGGAGGUGGUACUCAUGCUGGGACCCCCAGCGAACAGGCAAGCGCCCUUUUGGCCUGGCAAAGUCUGCUCUAGCUGAGCCAAGGCAGAUCCUGGCCCCUCGGCCAGUGCCUCUGCUGUGGACAUAGCUGCUUCGGGAGGGGGAGGCCUUGAGGAAGCCCUGUGCGGGCAGGGCCAGAUGGGGCCACGUGGCCGACAGACGGCUCCUCUUGCAAGGCCAGCACAGCUGAGGGCAGUGGCCGGUUCUUUGGCUUCACGCAAGUACACAGAACACUGAACCUGUGGCUCCUGUGAGGCCUCCGUGCCUCAGCCUCUCCUUUGGCUUCAGCUGGUUGCCCCUGGGAAAAAGCUUCCCUUGUGGAAAUCCAGGUAAAAUCUCCCUCCUCACACCUGAGCUAUUCUCUCUGGUGCCCGAGGGGUGCUGUGCAAACAUCUCUGUCUUAUUUGCGCAGCUCGCCAAAGGGGCUCCCUGGCUGCCUUUGCCGUGCAGAGAGCUAGGCGACUUUUCGCCUUGGUUGGCUUUCUUCACGUCUCUCGCACGCAAACCAUCGGCUUCCCCCAGACUCCACCUGGGCUUCCACUCUGGAGAGGAACCGCUGAGGGGUGGGGUCCCAGGUGGGGGGCCCUGGCAGGAGCUGGAUCCCUGCUUAGUGAAGACUUCUGGAAUUAAUGGGUUCCAUUUCAUUCCUGAUAACCUGGGAAGAGGGUUCUCCAGUCGAGCCCUUCUCCCACCCAGCACUGGUUGGCUGAGACCGGAGGGACAAAGGCUCACCCCCUGAUCCCAGCAGCCCCUCUUGCUGGAGGAGUACUAGGGCAGGCCCCGGAGCCCCCAUGGUUCUGGUGGGCAGGACUCGGGUGGCGCAGUGGUGGGCUCCAUUCCGAAGCAUCGGGCUCCUCCCUGAGGGGCUUUGGCUGGUAGACAAUCCCCACCUGGGUCUUUGUGGGUUUCAGUUCCUGCUAACCUGGAUACUUCUUUGGCAUUUGGGGGGGAGGGGUCUGCUUGGUUCACGGUGGGGUCUUGUGGGAAAACAGUUCAGUCUGGCCACUGCCCUUCCCGGACCCUUCCCCGCUUGGCUCCUUUCCAGAGCCCUGCAGCAACUCUGGUUUCAGAGAUUAUGAAAAGAAGUGGCUGCUGGGGUGGGGCAUGAGACACAAGGUCCCUCUCCCCACUGGAGGUUCCCAACAACCCAGUUCUGGCCAGGAUUGCAGUGUGGGCUGUGCUCCAUUUAAUAGCCGGGGGGGAGGGGCAUUUUCCUGGGUUUCAUGUUUGAUCCCAGGCCUGCUUUGUAUUGUGUGAUUCUGCAAGAACGUAGCCAAGCUCUUCAGAUCUUGUAAUCCAAUCUUACUUUGGUCAGUGAAGAGUUUGGCUUUUCUUACAGCCCUUAAGUUACUCUGUAACUCAAGUUACUUCUUUUUACCUUUUUAGGGAAGAAAUUUUAGUAUAAGUGGUGUCGUUCCCUGUGAAUUUAAUUGAACGAUCACUAAAUAAAUGGAAGUAACACUA